AUGGCCAACGUUGGAUCAGCAAAACCACCCCAUUGGUCACAAGAGGAAAUCAAGGCAUUGGCGAUUGCCUACUGUAAGGUCUCUGAAGAUCCAGUGGAUGGUCUCAAACAAACUGGCGCUACAUACCAUGCUCGGAUUGUUGAAGAAUGGACGAAGCAAUCCCUUCCAAAGGUCCAGGAGGUCAUUGAACGCCGCCAAGCUUCCUGCAAGGCCUAUCGGAAGCUGGUAGAAGUCUAA